AUGCAAGCUUCUGAUUACAGAGAGCCUUUUCUCGAAGGAUAAGUGAAUUAUUCUACGGUAUAGAACCUAAAAAAGAAUAUUUAGAGUCUACCCUAGGAUUAUUAAUGGUUAUUUGAUGAGUUCAAUGAAGUUAAUUACUCAAAACCUGAGAGUAGAAUCAAACAUAUUCCAUACAAAUUGGAAAAACCUCUAUUGAAUCUUAAUAUACAUUAACUCAUAGUCCUACCACAUAAAAAUUUAAUCUUAGCAGAAUAUACAGAUGGUUGCUAUUAUACCAUUAAAUAUCUUGACUUCGUAGAUCUUAAUACUCUUUAAACGAUAAAGUCUAUGGAACUUUAAUAAUAACUUGAUGAUAAAAUCAUUUAUUAGGUUUUCAAUGGAGUUGAUUACAUCUUUUAUCAAGAGCGCUAUGGAUGUAUUCGCCUUAUUAAGUUUGAUGAUUUCGAACAAAAAGAAGAAAAAUAUCUUAUUGAAUUUUAUAUGGAUAAUUAUGAGCCUCUCUAUAAUGCUUCAAUCAUUGAUGAAUUCACAAUCAUACUUUAAAAAGGACCAUUUUUUAUUUUAUAUAAGCUCGAUACCAUAUCCUUAAAUUAAAUGAAUCCAGAUACUAGAAUUAGAUUUGAAAUCGGCUACUUUAAUUCACAAGAUUAUAUGAAUUAGAUUUCUAAUAAUUCUAAUUAGAUAUUCAUUAAAGUUGGGAAACAAGGUCAAACUAUAUAUCAAAUGCUUAGAUCCGACUAUAGUUAUAACGAGAAGCAUAGAAAUUACUACAUUUUUAAGGAUCUUUCAAAAACUUGUUUCCUUGAUGAUACUACUCUUCAAAUUUCUUUAAAACUUGAUAAAAAGCUCUAUGUUGUUAGAUAUUUCAAUUUAUAUGAUUUUCUAAUGGAUGAGAGCUUUAACCUAUACCAAUUGAAUACUGACACUUUAACCCUUGAAAAAAUUCAUAAACUAUAUAAAGCCAGCUUUACAAACAUGGAUAAGAUUGAAACUUCUCCAACUAAAAUAAUACUACUCUAUAAAGAUCAAAUAGCGAAUUAUACUUUCUUGAUUUUUGAUUGUAGAACUUUUUAAAUGCUAGAUUGCAUAAAAAAUAUUAUGAGUGAUAAUUAUCAUACUUUUGGAAUAGAUACAGUAAACAGUAGAAUUUACUAUAAAUCUGCAAAAAUGGAUUUUAUUAGCUAUUUUAGAUUUAUUACAAACUAUGACAUGUAUUAUGGCUGCUUAAUUCCAGUCCUAAGACAAGGUAAUUAAAUAAUUAAGAAUGAUUUAAAAGAUUUUUGGGAAAACUUUAUUGCAUACAAUUCAAAAUCAGAAGAUAUAUUUCACAUUUAAGACCUUAAUUCUGGGUUCAUUAAAGACAUUUCUAAAGAAAAUUCUGAUAAUUUCUUUUCGUUUGUGAGAAAUAAUGUAGGUAUUUUUUAUCAUCCAGAAUUUUAAGAGAUUAUUAAAUAAAAAUACGAUGAUUAAAAUACAUAUUAAGAAGUUUAAAAUAUUAAUUCAGAAGAUAUUCUUGAGAGGAAAGAUGUUUCUUAGAUAUAUUUAAAUGGGAAUCGUAAAGUAAUAUGGUCUGAAUUUAGAUAGAAAUCUUAAUAAUACUAUGAUUUUAACAACUUUUUCUGUAUUAUGCUAAACAGAUUCAAUGAAAAGCAGUAUGUGCUUGAAAUAUCUGAGAAAAACACGAUUGUCUAUUAUGAUAAAAUGACUUAAGCUUUCACUAAAAUUGAUAUGUUAGAUAUCGUGAAGAGCUCAAAUAUUCCUAUUCUAGCAUUAUUAGACGAUGAACUUGGAAUAAUAGUUAUAAGUUAUUCUGAUGAAGUCAAGAUUUUUAGCCUUGAUAGUAAAUAGAGAAUUAAAGAAAUAUCUGGUAAAAUGGAUCAUAAAUCUAUCUUUAUGGGAAAUAACUAUGUCUAAGUUAAUUGUGAUUUUGUAUCGAAUAUUUUAUUCUUUAAAAAUAGAAAAGUAGAUAAAUUUAUACAAAUCUAAUACCUAUAAUAAUCAAGUUAACUAGAAACAUUUAAUUGUUAUCAGAAGGACAUUAAUUAAAAAGCUUACUCAUUGGUUAAAAGAAAAUCUAAAGGUGAUGAAUCAGGAAUUUAUACAAUGAUUUCUAAUUCAUUUUAAGACAUGUUUAAUGAGUAAUAUCUUAUUCAACCAGUUUUUCCCGCCUUCUAUUUUGAUUAUGCUUAGAAAAUAAUUAUUGAUUCAAGUGCAAUUUAGCUUUACAUUAAAAAUGAGCUUGAGAUGGUUGGAAACUUUGAGAUUGACAUAACAGAUCAAUUAAUAAUUGACUAUAAUUCUGUUAUUCACCAGAAUAAUUAAGAAAUUGUAAAGGAAAUAUCAUCUAAUGUAGAAAAAUACUUAAAAUUUGUUUCUGGAUUUGGAACAGGAUUUGGAGUUUUCUAGAAUAACUUAGUAGCUUUGGAAACUAUUGCAAAAUAGAUAUCAAUGAAAGAUAAACAAUCCUUACCUAUCCUAAUAUGCUAGAAAAUGCUUGGAGGAGAUUCACCUUUAGAUUUUUGCAUUAAGGCUCAUCAGCAGAAAAUAAUCAACCUUAUGCUAACUAUAAUAAUAAAAUACUAGGAUCACAUAAUGUUUAACAAGCUUAUAGAUAAAAAUUUAUGUGAACUGAUUAAACAAUAAAUAGACUUGCAGGAAUAUUUCGAGAGUUCUCUUCCAACGUAUUAAAUUGUUAACCCUCAAUAUCCAAGUUAACAUCAUGAUGAACAAGAAAUAAUAGUUGGCAAAACUUUAGAUCAUCCAAAAGAGGUUCACGAUAAAUAUGAUGAACUAUUUGGAGGGAAAUUAUCAAAAUCAGAUUCUGAAGAUGAAUCUAUGGUCUCUGUAGAAUAUUAGUUGAUAAAUUUACCUGAAACUUUGACAAGAAAUCCAAGAGAAUUAAUGAAAGAACUUAGUGAUACAGAGAAACCAGAAUACUUUGAGAAUCUGGUCAUACAGAAUAUAAUUAACUUUAAGUGGAACACAUACACGAAAACAGUUUAUCAGAAAAAAUUCUACAUUUACUUGAUAUUCUUGGCCACUUUUAUAUUUGACAUUUUCUAUUCAGCCUAUUCCAACAAGAGACAAGUUAAAGCAGAAACUGAGGAGAAUUAAUUAAUAGUAAACGCAUCUGAAGUUUCAGAGCCAAAUAUAUGGAUCAAAAUAUCAGCUAAGGUUGUUUGUUCAGCUGUACUUAUUUACUUCCUUCUACAUGAGGUAGAACAACUGACUAUCUAAAAGGCUAAUUAUUUCAGAGAUGUGUGGAAUUAUUUUGACUUUACUCACAUUAUUGCAUUUGUAACAUUUUGCGUAAUUGACUUUACAAAUGAAGACUCAGAUAGUCUAAUCUUGAUUAAGAUCCUGGUGAUAGUCCUGUCAUUUAUGAAACUUUUCUACUUCUUAAGAAUUUACGAUGGAUUCAGUUUCUUGGUUUAAAUGAUGGGUGGUGUGUUUAAGGAUCUUAAAUACUUCAUCUCUUUCUUCCUCAUUUUCAUUCUGCAGUUUGGAAUGAUCUUCUUAGUCCUUUUUAAGGCAGCGUCCAUUGAUGAGUAUAAUGGAGUGAACAAAAUGGCAUAUUUCUUAAUGGCCUUCAGAAUCUCAUCAGGAGACUUUCAAUUGGAUGAAUAUCAGAACUAAGAUGACACCGUGGUUAUAUUUGCAUGGAUCAUCUGGUUAAUUGCAGUUAUGACCUUGAAUAUUGUGUUCAUGAAUUUCAUAAUCGCUGUGAUUUCAGAAUCGUAUGAGAGAGUCAUGCAGAAGCUAGUAGCUGAGUCCUACAAAGUAAAAGCAAAUAUGAUCGUAGAAAGAGAGCAAUUGUUUUCUGACAAAGACCUUACUAAAGAAGAACUGUUCCCUAAUUUCAUCAUUGUAAGAAGACCAACAAACAAUGAUUCUAAUGAUGCUGGAGAAUGGCAAGGCUUCAUCAAAGACUUGAAGUACACAAUCAGAACUAGCGCAGCGAAAUCCAAGAGUGAGAUGAUUUAAAACUUCCAUUCAUCAAUUGAGAAAAUUUAUGGAGCUAUUCAGUAAAAUCAAUAGAAUAAUAAUUAAAAUGACAGUAUUGAUGAAAAACUUUCGUAGUUAAAUGGAAAACUUGAUUCAAAAGUAGAAGGACUUGAAUUUCAAGUUAAAAAUAUUGACUCAAAAGUUCUAGGGCUUUAAGAUGAUAUGCAAUUUAUCAAAAGCACUCUAGUAUAAUUACUAUAAAAGUAAAAUCAGUGA